AUGACGCGUGUAUGGCAAAAUUCUACUAAUGGAUCAAUUAGCAUUUCGAGUUGGGAUGUUCUAGCAAGUAGUUAUUUUCAUGUAAUUUGGCAAUGGAAUGAACCAUAUGGAAGUUCUGCACAGUCUACUCAACCAAUUGUUAAUGAUCAAUCAAGUAUCACAUAUAUAUCUAUUCUUCCAUAUAUCUAUGCUAUUGAUGCACAUGGAUUAACCUUAUGGAAAACUGAAAUUGUGUCUCAAGAUGAAAUAGAACGAUUUAAUCUUUUUUCAAAUUGUCUUAGUUUAAAUACUGAAACAAAUAUAAUCUAUAUUCUAGUGUCAUCAUCUCCAAAUGAUCAAUUAAAAUAUAUGUCAAAUACUUUUAUUGUUCCUGUUCGUAUCAAUAAUGGUCAAUUAUUAGAUAGAAUAAAUAUUGAUAUUCCAUCGAAUGCACAAAUAAAUGUACAUUGUCCAAUACUUAUCGGAAAUGAAGCAAUUUAUUUAUCAUGGACUAUAGGAAAUGAUCCAGAUUUAGUGUCAUUGAAUAUAAUGGCAGUUCCUCAAAUUUAA